AGAUAGUGAGUGCAUGAUCGAUGAUGAUGAUGGGGGGUACCUGGAUUGAGCUUUGCAAUGCUCUGCAUGGCCUGAAGCUAGUGCUGUUAAUGGUGGCGGUUCAGGUAACCUUCGCCGGAGUCAACGUUUUAUACAAACUCGCCGCCAACGAUGGCAUGAACAUCAAUCUUGUUAUUGCUUAUCGCUUCCUCUUCGCCACCGCUUUCCUCACUCCUUUUGCUCUUUACUUCGAAAGAAAGAGCAGGCCGAAGCUAACCUGGAUGGUAGUAUUGCAAGCAUUUCUGUGUGGCUUGUUUGGGGGGGCAAUGUCACAAAACAUGUACAUUGCAAGCAUAGCCUUGACAUCCGCGACUUUUGCUUGCGCCAUAACCCAACUCAUUCCGGCCAUAACUUUCGUCUUGGCCGUCAUUUUCAGGUUGGAGAAACUGAACUUAAGGAGCAUGGGAGGGAAGGCAAAGGUGUUGGGAACAUUAAUGGGAAUAGGUGGAGCAAUGCUUCUGACCUUUUAUAAAGGUGUGGAAAUCAACAUAUGGUCCACGCAUGUUGACCUUUUGCACAGAAGUCAACAACCAAGCCGCCACGUGGCAGCUCAUAACAGUAGAACAGAUUUCACAGAUCGCAUAUUGAGUUGUCUUCUGGCUCUCGGCAGCUCUUCCGGUUAUGCACUGUGGCUAAUUAUUCAGGCGAAAAUGGGAGAGAGAUACCCUUGCUAUUAUUCAAGCACAGCUCUAAUGUCACUGAUGGGGUCGAUACAGUCAGUUGGUUUUGCCCUUUGCAUGGAGAGGGAUUGGAACCAAUGGAAAUUAGGUUGGAAUAUUAGACUCCUUGCGGUUGCAUACACGGGGAUUGUGGCUACGGGAAUAAGUGUGACAAUUAUAGCCUUGUGUGUACGCAUGAAAGGCCCGCUAUUCGUAUCCGUUUUCAACCCUCUUGUGCUUGUGCUUGUUGCCUUUGUUGGCUCUUUGCUCUUGGAUGAGAAGUUGCACCUUGGAAGCGUGCUAGGAUCGAUAUUAAUCGUGGGUGGUUUAUAUACCGUGCUGUGGGGUAAAAGCAAAGACAUAAAGAUGAUGAAACAAUCUGUGCCAAGAAGCUUUGAGGAGGAAUUUGCAGAAUCACUUGAAAUUGUUACAAGUUCUCCAGAUGACAAAGCCAACAACAACAAGAAUGAGAGUGAAACAAAGAAUAAUGCUCCAAAUACUCUGCCAACUUGAUUCAUUAAUGUUUGAGGAAAUAGCUAUGUACUGGAGAAACAUAAGGACAGUUCUGUAAUCUGAAUUAAGAAGAGUUAUCCAGAUCUGCAAUUGAAUGGUAGAAGUUUUAAAUGCUUGUGUUUCUGUAAUCUGAAUGUAGUUGAUCAUGUU